AUAUAUAUAUAUAUAUUUUAGCCUUUGUAUAUCCUUUUUCUACCCCUCAUCAUUAGCUCCGUUACAACCUUUAUGAAAAGUCUCUUUGAUUCUUUAUGUUAAAUUCGAAUAUCUUAAGCAAGGGAAAUUUGAUUGUCAUUCAAACCUAUAGGAUAGUCUUUUGUAACACUACUUGAGCAUUAGCCACUUACACAUACUUAUUUCUUUCAAAGAGCAUAUGUGCAUAUACUCUAUCCUGUGAGGUUGACUUCACUUGAUGUGUUGAAUUUCCGAUUGACUUGGUUGUGUUGGAUUCUUUUGACAUAUUGAGUCGCAUGCGAUUUCCUUUGGUUGUUUCGAAUCUAUGCUUGAGGGCAAGCAUGAUCGAGGUGUGGGGAGAUUUAAUAGUUAAAAAUCAUAUGCAUUUAAAUGUUUAUAUUAUAUGCGAUAUUUGGUUGAUUUUAAUAUGUUUUACCUAAUUUGAGUAUAUAUUGUUUAUUUAUGUCUUUGAAGAGGAAAAUAAUAAAAUUGGUAGAAUUGAAGGUAAAAAAGAGCAAAAAGGCCCAAUGAUUAGAGAAGCUAAUUAACAGGCCCAAAAACUAUUUUGUUACAAAAUUAGGGCAAAAAUAAAAGAAAGAACAAAGGGGAGGCACCACUUCCUAGGCAGAAAGGAGAACACAAUGCAGAACAAUCCCGGAGAGAAAUCGCGCAAUAGCAAGAAGGAGAGAUUUUUCCAAGGAGAUUUCGAGUUCUUCCCCGUCAGUCCGAUCAAUCUCAGACGAUGUUUAUUUUUGUUAUCUUUGUUCUUCUUCCCGUGACUAGCGAGUUGAUUACUUUCUUAGUUUAGGAGUGAAAGAAACAACUUGGUAUGAAUUUGAGAGAUUAGACUUAGUUUUGAUUUUAUAUUAAUUAUUGGUUCCUAAGUAUUUUUAUGAUUUUUGAUUUUAAUGUUUAAUGAUCUUUGAUUUAGUUGGGUAUUAUGGCCAGGCAUUUCAAUUAGAUUAAAGAUUGAAUGUUAGACUAAAUUAGGCGUCCCUAAUUGCGUUUUAAUUUGGUUCAAGUAGCAACUAGUGGCAGACACCAUUGGAAAAUCAUGGAAUCAAUUUCAAACAAUUUGCAAGGCAGUUAUACUAGUAAAUUCUUUGUGGCGUUAUUAGGGUUCUAAUCUAAUUAGGAAGCAGUUAACGGGCGUACCUUGAAUGUUGAAUAAGCAAGGAAGAGUUGAUUAUUAGGCGCGUGUCGGUAACUAUAAAUAAUUUAUUUAGAAACCAAUUAAAUAAAAUAUUUAUCGAUGAUCAAAUCCACUAUCUAAUUUGUCAAUUUCAUUCCUAAACUGGAAUUUUUUUCAUUGAAUUUAUUUAUUAGCUGUAGAUUUUUAGUUUGUUAUUUUUAUUUUCAAUUUCCAAAUCCCCUCUUCUAUUAUAUCUAUAUAUCAAACAACCGAGAAUAAAAUCUUUUUGAUUCCCUGAGGAGACGACCCUACUUCAUCUAUAUUACGUUAUUUUUAUUGUGGAAAUCGGUUUAUUUUAUUUAAAUUUUGCAACGUGUGACAAACGCCUAUCAUAGAAUUUAAGUGGAUCAAUUAGACUACUGAUGUUAACAAUAUUAACAUUGCUUUUUGGGACUCCACUCAAAAGAACUCUAAAGUUAGUUGAGUAGAAAUAAGUAUAAUUUACAUUAACUGAUUAGACUACUGAUGUCAAUAAUAUUCUUAUUCCUUUUCGAGAGUCCACUUAAAAGAACUCUAGAGUUAAGUGUGCUUGCUCUAGAAAAAUUUUAGGAUUGGUAACCCUUGUGAAGUUUCUUUGGGUGCGUGUGAAUGGGGACAAAAUACGUUGGAAAAAUUUGUAUUGACUUGUAGAAUCUAUCUAUGAUCCCGAAAAACCUGGCUUGCGUGGCUUGUGGUCCGGAAUGUUAUAGUUGAUAUUAGUUUUGGGGUGUUUAGUUAAUAUAGAAGCCAACCGACAAUCGCCCAUAGUCGAUGACCGGUCUAUUGAGAGGUAGCGGUUUAUGGAUCCUUGGAAAGCAAUAUAGACGUUGCAUUCUUAAGUAGAAAAGUAUAUGAUUCCCCCGCAUUUUGAGUUGAUAUGAGUAGAGUUUAAGUGGAUCGAUUUAAUUAAUUGGACUCUUCAUCUAAAAAAUAUGUACAUUUCUUUUUUGGGAGACCAAUUGAAAGAACUCUAGAUUUAUUUGUGCUUGCUCUAGGGAAAUUUCUGGAUAAGGUGACCUCCUAAAAAGUCUCAUAGGGUGCAUAUGAGUGAGGACAAAGUGCACUGGAAGUACUCGUGUGACUUAUAAAGUUAGUCUACGAUCCUGACACACCAGCUUGCGUCAAUUCCAGGCCGGGGUGUUACACCCUAUAAACAAGUCAAUUCUAAUUCAGUUCAAUUCGAAGUCUAGCCUAUUGGAUGGCGAGUGGCACAAACACAUGCUUGGCUUUUCAUUCCAAACACUAAUAUCAAGUUAAAUAUAAAUGACUUUAUUUAAUAUCAAAGCCCAAUUUAUUAUAAUUCAAUCAAUUGAAUUUUUCUUAGAACAUUACAUUAAUCGGUUUUGAAAAAUACAAAUUUAAUUAAAUUUUCAACAAUUUGUAAAAUUUUUAACUAAUUACCAAUAUAAAAUCCUAACAGAAAAGUAAACACGAGUUGUUACUAGGCAUUUUGGCACAUUCAAGCAUAAGAUUGGUUAAGAACUCUGCAAAACUGUUAGUAAAACAUGUUCAGUGCUUCCAAUUAUAGUUCCCUUUAAGAAAAAGUGAAAAAAUCAAGAUCAAUAUUACCAGGUGUGUUGUGUUUGGAGUUUGUUCAUUUUUCAUCUUUGCAUUUUCUUGGCUUUAAAUUAAAUUGAUUGGUUUUGUAUUUUGGAUACAGUUGACCAUGCAUUCGCAUUUUCAGCUAUAAUCUUGUUGGCAUCACCCAUGUCCAAGAAACUUAACUCGUAUCUCGUUAUCAUGUUCAACAAUUGCUAAAACAUUGCAAAAACAUUAAGGGCAAGUGUAGCAAAAACGUAGUGUGUGUGGAAAAAGAAGGCAAUUAGGGGACAUCAAUUGUCUACGUUAUACGAGGUUCUUGCUUUUGUAAUUUACACAAUGUGUAUAUAUAGGCCUAUGUAUGGUUGGAAUUUGGCACUUAAAUUUCAUUUAUGUGUUGUUUGCUAUUUUCGGCUUAAGAAUAUAGAGUUUCACAUUUUGUGAUUCUCAUUGUUUUGUGAAAUUUAUGGCAUUUGUCAGUUUAUAUUAUGUAAGGUAUGUUCAAUUUGUGUAAUGGAAUCAGAAUUGUCUAGGAUUAUGCCAAAAUAUUAUACCUCGACACAUCAUUUAUGCUAUUAAUUAGACACAGACGUUGUUUAAUAGAUGUCUAAUAUUUUUACCUACUUUUUUGUGCUUUUAAAGGCGUGUCUGCGCUUUCUAACGAUUUGCAUUUAUACAAUGCAUUUUUGCCACCCUCUGCUUUUUAUUUGAGAACUUAAACCCUAAUAAGAAUCCGGAGGCUAUUUAUAAUACCGCAUUUUCUCUUAACGAAUUCGUAAAAUUGCGACUAGAAUUGAAGGUUUUCGUCGUCGCAUUUACCUCUAUAGGUAUGUUUCUAGUCUCUCUGGACUAUAUCGCUUUGUGCUGCUAAAUUGUUUUGCCCCCGCAUAUUUGAAUAAAUUUUUCUCGAUCUAUUGUUUGAUUUUAUUGCCUUCUUUGUCUGAAUAUAUCCUUUGUUUCUAGAUCCAUGCUUUUGUAUAGAUCUAAGUGGAAUUUCUUAAAUUGAUGUAGCGAGUGUUGUUGUUAGGAUAUUGUGAUUUUACGGUAGAUUGGGCAGAUCUAUAAAUAUAUCUAAAUUAUUCUUUUCUUUCUUUCUUCAUCUCGGAAAUAUUUUUUGAUUUCUCAAAAGGUGAUGGGUUUACUUUGAAUGGUUUGUUUCUUGAAAUAAUAUCGCACUUAUGGAUUAUGAAUAUAGUGCUAUUGACAGUUAUAUGUCCUGUCCCAUGCCUUGGGUACUUUAGAGUUUCAAUGAACUAUGAAACUAUGUCUAUUUCUAGUUGGUGGAAGUAGUUAUUACGGGCUUAGACAUCUUGGUAAAGAGGUUCUUUCAAGUCAUGCAAAUUUUACAAUAGGUAUAUUGCUGAUGUAAAGCUCAACACUUAAAAGAGCAUAAGAUUUAAAUAUUAUUGUAGUAGCAUAGAAGCAAGAAUAAUAUCAAGUGUUUUUAAUUUGUUCGCUCUUUCUGCAUUCUUCAAUGUCUUUGUACUCAUUGGUCCUAACUUUUUCUUCCAUGAAUUUUAAGAGAAUCUAUUUAACUUUCAGAUUAAGAUACGGUAACCAAAGAUGGCCUGUAGCAGCAAAGCGCAUAAUGAGUUCUCCGUACCACAUAGUAUACAAUCAGAUUCAUCUGAAGUAAUCCGCUUUAUUGUAGUGCCGACUCCUGACUUCUCUCAAGCACUGAACAUUCCAUCUGCAAUUGCUCCAAUACUGGAUCACUUGUUGGGUCAAGAGAUUGAAUUUGAGGAUAUAUGCAGGGAGAAAUGGACUGUGACUUUUUCGUAUGCUGGAAAUGUACUAUCAGUUGUAAAGGGUUGGAACAAUUUUUAUAGAGACCAUGAUCUUGGUGAAGCAUGUGCCUUGGCAUUUAGCUACAUAAAAGGCAGUCAUUUUUAUGUUGCGAUAUAUGAUCGGAGUGCGUGUGAAAGAACUAAGUUUAACUAUGAAAUGCCUCGGGUGAAAAAUCAUGGGAGCCAACAUGUGGAUGUUCAGAGGCUUUCUGAAAUGGAGUUACCUCACCAAACACAAUCUUUGGGGAAAUCUGAAGGAAAUAGAGACCCUGUUUCGAAAAUUCAGUGUGGUAAAAGAAAAGGAAAAGAGCCUAUUAUAAGAAAUAAACAUCAUUCUAAAACUCUCGACGCAGGGGCCUCAUCUGAUGAUGCCAAUGCCUCCUCCACCACAGCGAACCCUGAUAAUAUAAAGAUGCCUUAUGGUAAAAGAAAAGGAAAAGAGCCCAUUAUAAGAAAUAAACAUUGUUCUAAAAAUCUCGACACAGGGGCCCCAUCUGCUAGUGUCAAUGCCUCCCCCACAAGAGCGAACCCUGAUAAUAUAAAGAUGCCUUCUGGUAAAAGAAAAGGAAAGGAACCCAUUAUAAGAAAUAAACAUCGUUCUAAAAAUCUCGACGCAGGCGCCCCAUCUGCUGGUGCCAAUGCCUCCUCCACGAGAGCGAACCCUGAUGAUAUAAAGAUGCCUUAUGGGUUGGAGAAAAUCAAUAAGAGAAAGCGGGUUGGAGUCCUGAAGGGGAAACACUGCAAGCCUGUUGUGCUUGUAAGUCACCCGAGCGAAGGAGAUGGUCCCUCAGAACCAACCGGGCAUGCCAGAGAGGAUAUGGAUAGUGCAAUGGAGGAUGGAACAAUAGCGGAAGAUUCUUCUCCAGGGUUUUAAUGUUGGAAACCUGAUGUUGCAUGCUUACAAUAAUUGAGAAUUUUCAUACAAGAUCCGAUCAUGAAAAUCUCCUAUUAGUCCUCUCGUGCUUUCUAAAUAAUGGAGUACUUUUUUGGUAUACAUGGUCACUUGUUAUGCAUUGCUUGGUUAUUAUGUUGGAAUAGGAAUUGAGCCAUAUUGUUCAGAUGGGAUCCGGUGGAUUAGAGUUGGUAUGAUCGCAUCCAAAUUGAGCUAUAUAU